ACAUUAUUAGACUAGAGAAUAGCUAGUAAAGUGAGUUACAAUUAUUAUCAAGGAAAUCAGUGAUUUGCGUCACCAAUAUUAAUCCCCAGCAGCCAGGCCAAUUUAGCAGUAUUGCUAAUUUUUAAGUGCAAUUGUGGAUUUAAGUUCGUUUUUAAACAAAAUUUCGUAGCUAAAAUUGAGAGAUUUAAUUGAAUUGAAGGACAAAUAUUGAAAGUUAAUUUAGGUCAACUCUGAAUUUAAAUAUCAAAUAUUUUUAAUUACCCAAGCAAUCGGGAAAUACAAUUUAUUACACAUUAUUGUUGGAGACUAGAGUGAAGAAGUUCUAUUUGCUGAUCGAGCUGAAGAAGAAACUAAAGAAAGAUUGAUUUGAAGUAUCCACGUGAAAUAUUUUUGUGAUUAUUACUAUCAAUUAAUCGAAAUUUUGUGUGGGGAGAAAGUGUGCCUUUUUUGGUGCCGUGAGAGCAAAUUAUGAGAUUGAGAUGAGUGUGACCCGGAGACGAGUCAGUUCGAAAUCAGAGGACACGACGGAAAUAGACAAGUUGCUCCCAGCCGCCGGAUCAUCCAAAUCCUACACCAAUUUGUGGAGGGACGAGGAGGACAAGGAAAAUAACAUGGGUCGCGACAGAACUUCAGAAUUCCAGUCCGCUUUGCGCUCACUCCAGGGUCGAGCCCAAAUGCGACAACCUAACGCCCUAAAUAUUACCAACAACAAAGUCAAUCGAAAUCUGGAUCAGUACUCCGAAUUUAUGAGAAUCGCAAAAUCCAUCGGUGGAAAUAUCGCAAAGACAUACAGCAAAUUGGAGAAACUCGCACUACUCGCAAAACGAAAAUCUUUAUUCGACGACAAAUCUGUUGAGAUUCAAGAAUUAACAUUUAUCAUCAAAGAAGAUAUAAAUGCAUUGAAUCAAGAUAUAGCUAAGCUUCAAAAGUUUGCUCGAGGAAAUCAAACGGUUAAUGGAAAACAUCUCCAAUCACAUUCAUCUGGAGUGGUUGUAGGCCUUCAAUCUAGAUUAGCUACAAUGUCGAACGAAUUUAAGCAAGUCUUGCAAGUUCGUACGGAAAAUCUUAAAGAACAGAGGUCUAGACAGGACCAGUUUACGCAAGGCCCAGUAACGUCUACGCUACCUCCUUCUGCGUUAACUGGAUACUACAAAGGAUCUGCAUUAGUUCCGGACGAUAGUUACGCAGGAGAUGUAGCAAUUGACAUGGGAGGAGAAAGCGGUGGUGCUGGAGCGUUGCGGCACCGUCAAGCCCAACUUUAUGGUCAAGACGAGACUGAGUCAUAUCUAUCUAGUAGAGCAGAAGCCAUGCAAUCUAUUGAAUCCACUAUUGUCGAACUCGGUGGGAUUUUUCAACAGUUGGCUAUGAUGGUCAAAGAACAAGAGGAAGUUGUUCAAAGGAUAGACAGCAACGUUGAAGAUGCAGAAAUGAAUGUAGAAGCUGCGCAUACCGAAUUGCUAAAAUAUUUUCGCUCAGUGACGUCCAAUCGAUGGCUAAUGAUAAAAGUUUUUGCACUUCUCAUAUUCUUUUUCGUAAUAUUUAUAAUAUUCCUAACAUGAAACUAAGUAUGUGAGAAUGUUUUACUAAAUUUAACUACUCCGACGCAUGUUUUCUAUACAAAUUUCCAGAUACCAUUGUGCUAUAAAAAUUUAUAAAUCAAAUCAUUCCUUUUUAAAAAUUUACUCGGAGCAAUUUAGUUUAUUUCAUGCAUUCGUAAUAUGCGUUUGCAUAUUACAUAUUAUUAUUAUGAAGGAGGAAAGUAAACUUUUACUUGUCAAUCAUACAUUAUUUUGUCGAAUGAAGCAUUAAAGGAUAUCACUAUUUCUGUA